AUGAACGCCCAGGGUAGACUUGAAAAGAGACCACUGUCAGGUAUUUCCGAAGCCGCCAUCAACAAGACGGGCUACCCUGCCUCCAAGCUGUGGAUCAGUGUUGAAACAAGAGAAGAUGAGGAACAAAACAUCAAGUUGACUGAAAUUUUGGAACUGUUGGUGGCUGCUGGGUAUUUUCGAGCAAGAAUCAAAGGCUUAUCACCCUUUGACAAGGUGGUAGGCGGCAUGACGUGGUGUAUCACUACUUGCAGCUUUGAUAUCGAUGUUGAUUUGUUGUUUCAGGAAAACUCUACUAUUGGCCAAAAAAUUGCCUUAACUGAAAAAAUUGUGUCAGUAUUACCAAAAAUGAAGUGUCCUCAUCGUUUGGAACCACAUCAGAUCCAGGGACUGGAUUUCAUUCAUAUAUUUCCUGUUGUACAGUGGCUGGUGAAACGUGCAAUAGAAACAAGGGAAGAAAUGGGAGACUAUAUCCGUUCUUACUCUAUAUCACAGUUUCAAAAAACUCAUAGCCUACCAGAGGAUGAUGAAUUUAUGCAAAGAAAAGAGAAGGCCAUCAAAACUGUUACUGAUAUCUUUGAGGUUUACAAACCACAGAGAAAAUAUAAACGUCAGAAGGGAGCUGACGAACUGCUAGAUGAGGAAUCGAAGGUUCAUGCUACACUUCUGGAAUAUGGCAGGAGAUACGGAUUUAGCAGACAAGCAGGGAAAACAGAACAGGCUGAAGAUAAAAAAGUUGCGCUACCUCCAGGGCUUGCAGCAUCAGGAAAAGCUGAGCCUUGUGAUGAAGAUGACCUUCAGGCUGCUGAAGAGCUUCGCAUUAAAACUCUGAUGACUGGAAUGGCUGCAAUGGCAACAGAAGAGGGAAAGUUGACAGCAAGCACCGUUGGCCAGAUUGUUGGACUCCAGUCAGAUGAGAUCAAGCAAAUAGUGUCAGAAUACGCUGAAAAGCAGUCUGAACUUUCCGCUGAGGAGCGACCAGAAAGGCUUGGAGCUGCCCAACAACAUAGAAGGAAGGUGGCAUCUCUGAAUAAGCAGAUUUUGCAAAAAACCAAACUCCUGGAAGAGUUGCAAGCUAAGUGUGCUGAUCUGCAGGCAAAAUGUACUGAAGCAAAAAAGACGUUAAGCGAGGUUAAGAGUUACAGUGAAAAGCUGGACAAGGAAUUGGCAGCCUUAGAAACAAUAGAAUCCCAAGCAGAUUCUAGCAUAUUACAGAGUCUGCGAGCAUUGGUGGCCAUGAAUGAAAACCUAAAAAGCCAGGAGCAAGAGUUCAAAGCACAUUGUAGGGAAGAAAUGGAGAGACUUCAACAAAAUAUCGAGAAUUUGAAAGCUGAGGCUGUGGAAAAUGGGGAGGAACAGGAGCCAAAUAAAAUUAUAGAACAGCAGUACCAAACUGAGAAAGAUAAACUUCAAAAGAUCCGGCUGUUACUGGCACGAAGAAACAGAGAAAUAGCCAUUUUACAACGCAAGAUUGAUGAAGUACCCAGCCGAGCUGAGCUAACACAGUAUCAGAAGAGAUUUAUUGAACUUUACAGUCAGGUCUCAGCAACUCACAAAGAAACGAAGCAGUUCUUUACUCUUUAUAAUACACUGGAUGAUAAGAAAGUAUAUUUGGAAAAGGAGGUUAACUUACUGAAUUCUAUUCAUGACAACUUUAAUCAAGCAAUGGCAUCUUCUGGUUCUCGUGAGCAGUUUUUACGGCAGAUGGAACAGAUUGUAGAAGGCAUCAAACAGAAUCGGAUGAAGAUGGAAAAGAAGAAGCAAGAAAACAAAAUGCGAAGAGACCAGUUGAAUGAUGAAUACUUAGAGCUUCUAGAGAAACAGAGGCUUUACUUUAAAACAGUGAAAGAAUUUAAAGAGGGGAAGGACAAUUUGUUACCGAGCAAGCUGGGUAUUUGGGCUUCCAAAUGGAAUCUGGUGAAGAUCUGUGAGCAGUUAGGUAUUGGAGCAAAGAGGGUGGUGGAAAUGUGUGUGAAUAAGGGAGGGAAUCCAGAGCCUCGGUAG